AUAGUUAUUCACGCACUGCAGUGUACUCACUAUGUAAUCCUCUGGCAGCUAGCAAAAGUAGCUGAGAGCAGUUCUACAAAGGAGGACCUUCUACGCUUAAAGAAACAGAUGAGAGUUUUUUGUCAAAUCUGUCAGCACUACCUUACCAAUGUAAAUACUGCUGUUAAAGAACAGGCCUUCACUAUUUUGUGCGAUGUGUUAAUGAUCUUCAGCCAUCAGAUCAUGUCAGGAGGACGUGACAUGUUAGAGCCAUUAGUUUACACUCCCGAUUCUUCCUUACAGUCUGAACUCCUGAGUUUUAUUCUUGAUCAUGUCUUUAUUGACCAGGAUGACGAUAGCAACAGCGCAGAUGGACAGCAGGAUGAUGAAGCUAGUAAGAUAGAAGCUUUGCACAAAAGAAGAAAUUUGCUUGCGGCUUUUUGUAAACUUAUUGUGUAUACCGUGGUGGAAAUGAACACUGCUGCAGAUAUUUUUAAGCAAUAUAUGAAGGUAAUGAAAGCCUACAGGGAAGGGGAUCUGAG